ACCCGAAAAACCGGGGUUCCCAACCUAAUCCGCCAGCAUUUUUGUGUUAUAUAUUAAAAGAUUCGGUAUCCGAUGAUUCCUCGCUUUUGUCAUGCCAAAACAUUCUUUUGAAAGGUCGUGUGCCAUACCUCUUGUUUACGUGUGGGCACGCUAGUGACAUUGUCAGCUUGAGAAACGCUGUCGCAGAAUUCAGGGACGGUGUUAAUGCGUUCUUCAAUUAGAUCAACAGACCGGGUUUUGUCAGGAGGGAUAUAAAUAUUAUACAGCAGGAAACGAUGGUCUUGUGUAAAACUUGUUAAUCCAUCAAGAAAUAAAUAACUUGUAGGCGUUCAAAACCCAAUCUUCGGUUCACUGAUUAGAAAGUUAUAAAUUUUUAGAAAAGGGUCUAACGGCAAAAGGUUUCCUAAGGCCAAACACAAUAAUUAGUUAAGUAACGGUGACUGAAACCAAAUUAUAAUUUACCUGUAAAUCAGUAAAUUAUAAUUAGUAAUUUUUAGUUGUUACAGUUUGAAACAAUCAACUCCAGGUUUGGCCAAAAUUUCAACCGUAUCCAUAUUGAUCCCAAUGUCAAGCCACUUCUUCGAAUUUGUCCUACACUUCAACAUCACACCACAUUUGCCGUACGUUCAUGGCACUUGUUGUUGUCAUCACCUUGCAAGGCAGUUCUCCUUUGUCUGGAUGUUUCGCCCUUCAGCGUAACGUCAUAUACGAUCGUGUAGAGCACACUGCCUUUCGAUUGAAAUUCCAAGCACCGGCACGCCGGUACGGUGGAGCUUUUUCCUGGUAAAAUAUCUGCGUAUAAUCCCCGCUGCUGCGAGUGACAUGGCUGGCUUUGUAACUGGCUUCAUUUCCAAGCUGAAAAGGCAUCGCUAUAGCUACCUACCAGCCACGGAAGGAGGACCCCUUGAGUGGUUGGUUUUUUGGUCACCGCUCAAAUGGGCCGGCACAGCCGGUUGCUGCUGUUUGGUGCCUGUGUUAAAGCCACUUCAUGCCAGGACCAGAACUAACUAGAACUGCCAUGCGGCAGUGGGAUAAGAUGCUUCCUCUGAUAGUCAGUCUCAAUUCAAGCUCACUUAUUUACCCAGUAUGGGCGUUACGUAAUUAUUUAAUCGGAAAUUCUACUACUUAAAAGAGCUUUUGGUUUAGAGUUUAAGUUCUUGUUCCACAAGGAAGUAAUUUAGGAUUUUCCAAAAUAUAAAACGUUAUCAGCGACUAGAACCGUAUAUUUGAAAAUGUAGAAGAAAUUACUUCUGCUUAAAUAAAUAUCCUAGUAGCAAUUUUAGUUUUAUUACACUCUCAUAAUGAGUUUUGGAUACACCAAAGUAUGAUUUAUCCAUCAUUUUUACUACCCGAUUUUACGGUCCAGCGGUCGUUCACUCAAACGCCAUCAUGUGGCUGAAAGUCUUUCGAUGCCAUAUCCGACCCAAUCAUUCCUUUCAAUGAUCAAUAAAUUCUUUAUUCUCAGCUCAUAAAACCUUGUCUCGCAGCCAUCACUAAAUAAACUUAUCCCUACUUUGAAUUGUUUAAUUUCACCCUGUGCCAAAAGCAAAGCAAAAGUACCAAUUCACAAACAACUCAAAUUUCCCCAGAUUAAGAUGUAUCAGCAUUUAAGCACGUUCGUUUCCUCCCACCCGACCUCCCGAAGCAGGCAACAAUACACAAUCCGACUGUUGCAAAGUGAUAAUACAUACCUCGUCACAACUUGUUGAGUUGUUGGUCCCAGUCGAAAAGUUUUCCGUGUGUUCCUUGCACCCUUCCUUGCAGCGAUGGGUGGCGGCGGGAGCAAGUUUGAUGCUUUCGAACAGCUCGUCGAACCGAUUGCUCUUUCUUUCAGCUUGUCGGAGGAUUCCUCUGUCGGGAUUGAAAGCAGCCAGCUACUGCCGGGUUUGCUGUUCAACACAAAUGGAAAACCCAAUCGACAGCCACCGAGACUGACGAGAGUACCUUUAGCAGCAACGCCAGCCAGCGUAUGGAAUAGAUUCGACAGCUGUUUCCUUUUGUGCUGGCUGCUGUAACCUCGAAGUAGAUGACUUCAUCCCAACGUUUUUCUUUUUUUUUUUGUGCUUUUUUCCAUCCCAUACUUUUCAAUGUUUGCAACCUCCACUUGAGAUAUGUUGCCAAGAUUUGUGCUUUGUGACUUCGAUCCUCUCCCAAGAAGACCAAUCAUGGGGAUAUAAUGUUCCCGAAGUGUCUCCCGGUAGCACUUUUUAUGUCGAGUGGAUUGGUGACUUCAAUCUAUUUCCCACUAAUAACAAAAGCGUCCAUCGUCGUCGUCGUCGUCGUCUCUAAGAGGCAGCACGUAACGUAGAAUAACCAACGUCCUUACAGUCGAGCUCCGCUUUUCAGCCUCCCAUCGGUCACACUAGCAAAGUUCAGCUCAACAGUAGCUACCUACAUGUAGCAAUGAAUGACACUAGCCCGAAUGAGAAACUGCCUCUCAAGACCACGACAGCAUGCCUGUCACGAUUCGGAAAAUAAAAAUUGUAUAACUUGGCCCAUAAUAAAAAAAAAACCGAACCGCUUCAUGGUAGGUAUGGUACCUGCCAGUCAGCUUCUUGAAGUGAAAAUUCAACCCGACUUGCUGCACAACAAAAGAGCGGCGGGAUCCUAUCAGACUAGGACCUAUUGAGAGGAAAUUAAAUUAAAAAAAAAAGUGAAUCUAAAAUCAAACAAGUGACUACAGCAACCUACCAGUAGCGAGACUGCUUUUUCCACAAUAAUGGAGAGUUGAUGUAAUAGAAGAACUGAAUAUUACCAGAAAGAAAAGGUGAACUUCUUUCGUGCGAAUGAAAAGAACAGUAAUUUACGCCCACUAAGCAACGGGAAACUGAAGAUUUCCUGGGCAAGGAAUCCAAGGGGGCAUGUGGUACGGUAGGAAAAGAUACGGUGGCUAUCGGAUAUCCUCCAGCAGCAACGGCGAUGAUGGCAACCGUCAAGGAGCAAAUGACUGUGGUAGCUGCUGGUGCCGGCUGCGAUGGCAGAAGAAGAAGCUCUCCGUGACGCUGUGUAAUUUGGGCGUCGGUGCAACCUUCGGCGAAUCGAUACUCCACGAUCUGCCCCGGGACAGCACGGUGGUAACGAAGACGACGUGCGAGCUGCUACGUGUGGAACAGGAGGAUUUCAGACUGAUUUUCGAGAAAAAUAGGGAAUUAAUGAACGACAUCAUUUCGAAUUGCAAAUUAAAAAAUGGUUUCGGCCAGAGCAUGCAAACCACCAGCACCGUGCAGUCCGGCAUCCAUCAGCAGGCAUCGCCGACUAAAAAGCAGCUCAGCCCGGACCAUCCGAAUCCUGCCCUACCAAUUACCGAGGCACCAAGUCCCGCCAUGGCUCGGAUGGGUUGGGCCCUGCGAACCCUGCUCGUGUCGGACAACACCAGCUGCCUGAAGGAUCGAAAGGUGGGUGGAAAGUUCAUCCGCAAGUGCGCCCCAGGCACCGAGCUGGUGGACUGGCUGCUGAAUCUGUCGCCGAUCGUGCACACCCGAACGCAGGCAGCCGGCAUGUGGCAAGCUCUGGUGGAGGAAGGCGUUCUCAGCCACGUGGCGAAGGAGCAGCCUUUCAAGGACAAGUGCUUUCUGUAUCGGUUCAAGAUGGACGAGGACGGAACGGCCGGGGGGCCACCCAACUCCGACGAUGUCAACCAAGCCAACGAACACAUCCGCGAAGCGCUACCUGCCCUGCUGCACCGGGGCCCGGAUGCGACGCUUCGAAUGAUCCUGCGGAAGCCAUCGCACGAACGGACCCACGAGGAGCUGGAACUGGUGUACGAGGAGUUGCUUCACAUUGCCGCACUGUCCCACCUGUCGACGUCCAUCAAGCGGGAACUGGCGUCGAUCAUCGUGUUCGAAGCGCACGCACAUGCCGGAACUGUGUUAUUCAACCAAGGCGACGAAGGCCGCUCGUGGUACAUCCUGCUCAAAGGUUCCGUCGAUGUCGUAAUCCACGGCAAAGGCACCGUCGCGACGCUCAAGGAAGGUGACGAUUUUGGCAAAUUGGCACUUAUCAACGAUGCUCCCAGGGCGGCGACAAUCGUCCUCAAAGAGAACAACUGUCACCUGCUGCGCGUGGACAAGGAACACUUCAACCGCAUUCUGCGGGAUGUCGAGGCCAACACGCUACGGCUACAGGAGCACGGCAAGGACGUACUAAUCCUGGAGCGGGUGGCGAAACAGCGAGGACACUCGGCUUUCAAAUACACUGUGAUGUCCGGCACGCCGCAAAAGAUGCUGGAACACCUGCUGGAGACAAGACUGGGCGGUCAGAUGGGACCAAACGAUCCGUUUCUGGACGAUUUUCUACUGACCCACAUCGUAUUCAUGCCGACGCCGAUCCUGAUCGACGAGCUGGCCAGCCACUAUCACGCGGACGCCGAGGUCGAUCUGCGAAACUCGAGCGAGGAGGACCAGGAAUAUUUUAUGACCUGCAAGCGACGGGUGGUGCAGUUCAUCCAACGGUGGGUCCUAGCGGUGCGACAUGCCGUCUUUGAAGACCCGCUGGCGGUGGAGUUCAUUGAGGAAAUUGCAACAGAUGUCGAAUCGGAAGGUUUGCUUCAGGAGGAAGCCAGCAUCAUACAUCACGUGCUAACGCAAUUAUCUCGAUAUCAGGAAGAUCGACAGAUGAACGCCAGCCAAAAGUGGAAACUACCACCCAACGGACAGCCCAUUUGCCUAUUCAGUGGAAACACACACUCAAAGACUGUUAUACGACCGGAUGACGACAUUAUUUUCCGCGUCUACUGUGCGGACCACACGUACUGCACCCUGCGCUUCCCGAUGUCCGCCACGGCCGAAAUCAUCAAGGCUUGUGCGGCGGACAAGCUGCAGCUGCCCCGCAUCCCGGACGACCUGCUGCUGGUGGAAGUCAAGAGCAACGGCGAGCGAACCGUUUUUAAGGACACCGACGUCAGCAUACCGACGGCGCUCAGUUUGAAUGGGCGAAUAUUCGUUUCACCGAAGGAUCACCUGGAUGCGCUGACUCCUCUUCCGGAGCAGGAGCUCCCGACCGAGGCACUCGACAUGGACUUCGAGGCCCUACCGACCAAGGACGUUGCCUAUCACAUAACUCUGUUCGACUGGGAUCUGUUCUGGGCUGUGCACGAAUACGAGCUGCUGUAUCAUACCUUCGGUAGACAUCAUUUUAAUAAGAUUACUUCAAACUUAGACGUAUUCAUAAGGCGCUUCAACGAAAUCCAGUACUGGGUCGUGACGGAGAUCGUGUCAACGUCCAAUAUGACGAAACGGAUGUCGCUGGUGAAGAAAUUCAUCAAACUUGCUGCAUUCUGCAAGGAUUACCAGAACCUGAACGCAUUCUUCGCAAUCGUGAUGGGAUUGUCCAAUAUGGCUGUGUCUAGACUGUCCGGUACGUGGGACAAGCUUCCAUCAAAGUUCCGAAAAUUGUUUACCGAGUACGAGUCACUGAUCGAUCCCAGCCGGAAUCACAGAGCCUAUCGAAUGUCGGUCGGUAAACUACAACCCCCGGUGAUUCCCUUCAUGCCACUUCUGCUGAAGGACAUGACAUUCGCACACGAAGGAAACAAAACCAGUCUCGAUGGUUUGGUGAAUUUUGAAAAGAUGCACAUGAUGGCACAGACGAUGCGAACCGUUCGGUACUGUCGAUCCAGACACUUGGUAUUGGAUCCUCCUUCGCCGAAGAACGAGAACGAAAUUCGUCAGUACAUCAGCUGCUUCCGGACCAUCGACAACCAACGGGUGCUGAAUGCGAUGUCCACAAAGGUCGAACCCAGACGGUCGUAAGUUGGCCUAGGUUGGCAGCGGGAUCGGAAUUCUGAAACAGAAAAUCAAAUAAUCGUGUGAUCACAAACAAACGGGCUAACAAAAAGAAAAAGAAAGGUUUUGACUUACUGUAAUCUAACGACAAACAAACAAAAUAUUAACCUACACUGUCCCACCACCACCAUCCUGUAUUUAUUGGACAUUUUGAAAUGCAACAAAAAAAACAAAGCAAGAAAAGAUUAGUUCUUCCGAUUUUACCGGGAGAUCUGGAAGCAAUCUUGUGCGCCCUAUCGCUACACGUUUAGCUAGGAGAACAACGUUUUUACAGACCGUUUCGUUUUUUAUUUCUGCGAGUUGAUUAUUAUUAUUACCUACUAUCCGUAGUGUGUAGUGUUAAAUUAGAGUAUGAAUUAUACUUUGUUGAAAGUGUCGAGUGUCGAAUAUUCGGAAAAUUGUUUGUACAGAAUAUUUUAAUUAGUGCAGUAAGUUUUAUCAGUGUCUCGCAAUAGCAUGGCUUAUUUCCUAUAGUUUGUUCGUAAUAUUUAACAUUUCCCUUAAUUUUUAUUCACCUUCCUGUAGAUUUACGUAUACGUUUCUAGUUCGUGAGUUUGUCUAGCACAUAUUAAUUUCGUUUGUGUAAUAUUUGUUAAUACGACUAUUCUGGCCUUCCGUAAUAAAACUAUUU